CAAUCUCUCUAUCAGUGACGCAAAUCCGGUAUACAAUCCGUUCAAAACAGUCAAAAUGGCCGCCUUUGUGAAAGCGAUCAAUGCGAAGAUCAGGUCUCAUCCCGUUCUGAACUAUGUCUGCUCAACGCACUUCUGGGGCCCUGCCUCUAAUUUUGGUAUCCCCAUCGCGGCUGUGAUGGAUACACAGAAGAGUCCUGAACUGAUCUCCGGCAAAAUGACCUUUGCCCUCUGCAUCUACUCAGCCACCUUCAUGCGCUACUCGCUCGCCGUGCAACCCAAGAACUACCUCCUGUUCCUGUGCCACGCCGUCAACGAGACGGCCCAGUUGACGCAGGGUUAUCGCUACCUGAAAUACAACUAUUGGGGCGGCAAGGAGAAGGAGGGCCUCGUGAAGGCAGUGGAUGCGGGUAAGGACAAGGCGAAGGAGCUGGAGGCCAAGGCUGAGACUAAGGUUAAGGAGGUUGUUGGGAAGUAAGGAGAGAUAGAGAGCGUGAGUGGUAAGGAAGAAGCAUGGUGCCUGUCUAGUACUUGACCGAGAUGGAUGGACCGUGACCGACAGGUAGUCAGUCGAUAUUGGUAUGGACUGGGUGUGAUCCGACCAUGAAGAGUCAAAAGAGGGCUUCAAGAAAUGUUGUCACCGUCGAGGGUGUGUGAAGGCCACCAUGGAGAUAACCUGGAAGUUGUGCUGUACCUUGCAUUUGCAAAGAAGCACGGGGUCGAGUGUCAGAUCUAUCAUGAAAUCAGCAAGAUACUAUCAUGUGAGACGGCGAUCAAUGGGCUGAGGAGCAAUGGAUACAUACGGAAAUAGGUAACUUUAGGCACUUCUUUCUCCACGCGAUCAUCUAUCGACCAAUUACUUUCGGUCUCUUGUCGCUUCAAGGUGGAGAGCACUAGCGGAAAACAUGAGGGACAGCUUUGGACUCCACGAUGUAGUGCCGUUGGACUUUGGUGUUGUCUGUUGCGAUCUUGUCGACGACUGGAUCUGGCAGUCAUGAGACUUAUCUGAUAGUCAUGUUAAGGAGCGGUGUGAUGUGU